AUUAUAGGGGCAAGUCAAAGGCUCCUGAGAGCAGCUAAGAGAUUAUAUGAGCCAUUUGAGAGGGGGGAGGGGGGAGGUGUAUUCCAAGCCUGGGGAACCUCCAGGAGAAAGACUUAAAAUGUUGAGGGGUGUUAUCACAGGGGCCGUGGGGAGAGGAUGGCCGGACUAUUCUAUAAGGAGUUCAGACUGGACAAGGAAACUGGAGGCAGUUUGUGGAAAGCCUUAAAUGCUAGAGUGAAGAGUUGGUACUUUAUUCUGUGACACAAGAGAAGCCAAUGAAAAUAUUGCUUCAAAAAGAUAAACCGUGGCUGGGGGGAAGAGGAGGCCAGGAAACCUUUUACUUUGCUGAAGGGAAGGGAAGAAUCAGUAGGUCCCGCUUACUUGGAUCAGGAUAAAACCCAUCCUUUGAGGACUGGAGAUUGGAUGAUGUUUUUCGGAAAGAGAGGUUUACAGGGGAGAGAAAAAAAAUGAUGAUUGUUUAAUGGUUGUAAAGAUGGUCUUUCGGAGUUGAAAGGGCCUUCAGGUCCCCGGGGCUCUCUUGCUUUAUUUUCCUCAAAUGUAGAAUAAGCACCAGGGGCUUCCACUUCUCACCCUGGGCCCGUGAACGCGGGAGUCCCGCCAAAGCGGGGUCAGCGCUAGCGCUCCGGACAACCGGCGGUCGGCUCUCCCCGCGCGGCCACACCCGCACCUCCCGGCCUAUCCCAGCCCGCAGCGGACCGCGGAGCGGCAGCAGAGGAUCAUGGCGGCCGACGCGGUGGCUUCUCGCCUGGCGCGGCAGGAGCAGGACAUCCGCUGGCUGACCGCGGAGAUCGGCCGCCUGAAGGAGCAGCAACAACAGCCAGAGCCCGAGCUGGAGCCGGAGCCCGGGCCCUGGCCAAGCUGGGCCGGCAGCCCCAGUCCCGAGCUCGAGCGCCUGCGGGGCGAGAACGAGAAGCUGCGCUACCGGUUGCAGCACCUGCGGCGCAGCCUGGAGGCCGAGCUGAGCCGGCAGCCAGAGCAGCUCGAGCAGCCCCGAAAGCCGGCCCGAGACCGAGCGCAGCUUUCUUCCAUCACAAACCAAAAAGAUGUUCAAAAUAAAAAGGAGAAGAAAAAAGAAAAUGAAAUUGUAAAUGCCUUAAAGAGUGAGUUAUGUAGUGGGCCAAACUUCAUAGAAGAUAGACUGAUGCUUUAUGAAACAUUGAAGAGAGAGCAUGACACCUUGCUUGCCCAUAGAGCAGCAAACGAGAGCAAAUUGAUCAAAAUAAUGCUGAUUGAUGGAAAAAUAGUUGAAGGGGAGUCUUGGAAAACAACACCAUAUCAAGUGGCUGCUGGAAUUAGUCAAGGACUGGCUGAUAACACAAUAAUAGCCAAAGUAAAUGAUGAAUUGUGGGAUUUGGAUCGUCCAUUGGAAGAAGAUUCUACUUUAGAAUUACUUAAGUUUGAUAAUGAAGAAGCUCAGGCUGUAUAUUGGCAUUCUAGUGCUCACAUUCUUGGAGAAGCUAUGGAAAGUUAUUAUGGAGGCCACUUGUGUUAUGGCCCACCUAUUGAAAAUGGAUUUUACUAUGACAUGUUCAUUGAAGACAGAGGAGUAUCCAGUACAGAAUUCCCAACAUUAGAGAACUUGUGCAAAACUAUCAUGAAAGAGAAGCAACCUUUUGAAAGAUUAGAAAUCAGCAAAGAAAUUCUUCUGGACAUGUUUAAGUAUAAUAAGUUUAAAUGCCGAAUCCUGAAUGAGAAGGUUGAUACCCCAACUACUACAGUAUACAGGUGUGGUCCAUUGAUUGACCUUUGUAGAGGUCCACAUGUAAGACAUACUGGAAAAAUUAAAGCCAUAAAAAUAUUUAAGAAUUCUUCAACCUAUUGGGAAGGAAAGCCUGAUAUGGAGACUUUGCAGAGAAUUUAUGGAAUAUCUUUUCCUGAUAACAAGAUGAUGAAAACCUGGGAAAAGUUCCAAGAAGAGGCAAAAAACAGAGAUCACAGGAAAAUUGGAAAGGAACAGGAACUUUUCUUUUUCCAUGAUCUGAGUCCAGGAAGCUGUUUUUUCCUUCCAAGAGGAGCUUUUAUCUAUAAUGCACUCAUGGAUUUUAUAAAAGAGGAAUAUCAUCGGCGUAAUUUUACAGAAGUGAUGUCUCCUAAUAUCUACAAUUGUAAACUCUGGGAAACAUCAGGACAUUGGCAACAUUACAGUGAAAACAUGUUUUCUUUUGAUAUUGAGAAGGAGACAUUUGCACUUAAACCCAUGAAUUGUCCAGGGCAUUGUCUGAUGUUUGCUCAUCGUCCACGUUCCUGGAGGGAAAUGCCUGUCAGACUAGCUGAUUUUGGAGUUCUUCAUCGGAACGAGCUGUCUGGAACUUUAAGUGGUUUAACACGUGUCAGACGAUUCCAGCAGGAUGAUGCACACAUCUUUUGCAUGAUGGAGCAAAUUGAAGAAGAAAUGAAGGGAUGCUUAGAGUUUUUACAAUCAAUUUAUACAGUAUUCGGAUUUUCCUUUCAAUUAAAUCUUUCUACACGGCCUGAAAACUUCCUAGGAGAAAUUGAGAUAUGGAACCAAGCUGAAAAGCAACUUCAAAACAGCUUGCAGGAAUUUGGAGAGCCAUGGAAAUUAAACCCAGGAGAUGGAGCAUUUUAUGGGCCUAAAAUUGACAUAAAAAUCAAAGAUGCCAUUGGCAGGUACCACCAAUGUGCUACUAUUCAGCUUGAUUUCCAACUACCCAUCAGAUUUAACCUUACAUAUGUUAGCAAAGAUGGUGAUGAUAAAGCAAGACCAGUGAUCAUUCACCGAGCUAUUUUGGGAUCAGUAGAAAGAAUGAUAGCCAUUCUUUCAGAAAACUAUGGAGGAAAAUGGCCUUUCUGGCUGUCUCCACAUCAAGUAAUGGUAAUCCCUGUAGGGCCAACUUGUGAAGACUAUGCACUACAGAUAUCGAAGGAAUUUUUUGAAGCUGGAUUCAUGGCUGAUGUUGAUCUAGAUCAAAGCUGCACAUUAAAUAAGAAAAUACGAAAUGCACAAUUGGCUCAGUAUAAUUUUAUUUUAGUGGUUGGAGAAAAAGAAAAAAUAAAUAAUGCUGUAAAUGUUCGAACAAGAGAUAACAAAAUUCAUGGAGAGGCUUCAGUGGUUUCCACCAUUAAUAAAUUGAAAAAACUAAAGGAGUCACGUACAUUAAAUGCAGAGGAAGAAUUUUGAAGUUCCUGUGUUCUACUGGCCAAGCCUUAAGACAUUUUCCACUACUUGAAGAUGGAAUUCCUUUCCUUAGCUUCUUAAAAUUUUACUUAUUGCUAGAACUUUGGACUUACCCACAACAACAAGGAAUUGGCAGAAGGGAAAAAAGUUGUAUGAUUUUAAUUUCAAUACCUACUAUUCCGAAACAAAAGUAAAUUAUGAAGGUGUUUUAGUUAGCAAUAAAAGAAGACAAUUUAGGGAAAUUUUCAAAGAAAAAUAAUGCCUUGGUGUGUGUUUGUUAGAAGAAUGAAUUCAUUUCAUUGAAAAAAAGGAAUAUAAUGGCAAAUACAGUGAUUUAGUGAUGUUUACUAAGGGUCAUUUAAACUUUUCAAAAGACAGAUGAACUUAAAAGCCUGUGAAGUUCUGGGGUAUUCAAUGACAAUCUAAUUUUAUUUUGAAAUGCUAUUAUGUCUUAAAUAUUUUAUGGUUAUUGAACUAUGUGGAAAACUUUUUCUUCAGAAUUCAGCAAAUAAUUCAUGCAGCAAAUACUUUGGACCUUUUCUUGUAGAUGCUCUACACAAAAUUUUUAAAAAAUGGAAUCUGAAUGACUCUUGGAUUUCCCAUUAUUUAUUUUAGAUAACAGAAAACUUCAGAGUAACGUGUAUACAGGAAGAUAUAUUGCUACUCUCCAUACUGCAUAUAUUAGAGAUUUUUUUUUUAAGAAAAACUCCCUUUUUUUUAAGAAAAAUGAAAAUAACAUGGCAUUACAUUUUAAAUUACUUUAUUAAACAACCUAGUAAAUGCUCCAAAAAAACAUUUUCUCAAUCAAAUUAUCUUUGAUUAAAUGACUGUCAGCUUAUAAUUUUCUUUUUCAAUAAAUCUAUAGAAAAAUAAACUGAUUUCAGGAUAUAUUGAAGAGGAUAUGUCCACAAUUCUAGAAGUGGGAUCCCCCCAGCCAAAAAAGGAAGACAUUCUCUUCCACAAAGAGUUUGUAGUUUUAUUAGAAAGACAAACUAUAACAUUCAUGAAAGUUUUAAUAAGAAGCUAAUUAUGUGGAGUAGAAAAUAAGGUCAAAGUUAGAGAAAGUGGGCUAGAGUUCUCUUGGGAUAUUUUUCAGUAGAGUUGGAGUUUGGGUUGGAUAUUGAGAGCUAAAUUGCAUUUUAGAUUAAUAGGAGUGGGAAGAAUCCUAAAAUGGAGGAAUGACAUAAUUUGUGAGAAAGAAUAAUGAGUUCCCUAAAUAAAGCAAAGAAAAUUCAUGUAAGUAGAAAUCUAUUUGGAUAUGUAAACUGGGACCUGAUUAAGAAGGCACAUGGAAAUCAAGAUAAAGGAAGCACCGUUAACCAAGUUCUAUGGCAGACCUGAAGGAUGUUGGGGGUAAUUCUUAUAUAUGUAUAUUAAGAGGUACUAUGGUACAAUCUUUGGAUUGAUGUUUAAGAUAAUUUGAAUUAAUUAGGUGAAGGCUAUAUGGUGUUUUUUUUUUCUUUUUUGCAAGACAAUUAGGGUUAAGCAAUUUGCCCAGAGUCACACAGCUAGUAAGUGUUGUGUUUGAAGUGGGAUUUGAAUUCAGAUCACAGGACCAGUGCUCAACCCACUGCAUCAUCUAGCUGCCAUAGUCUAUAUGCUUUUAAGAAAAGACUUUGAAGAAUUUAUGCAGUUAAGAAUGUAUUUUUGAAAAUCUGCUUUUUUCUUUGCCUGGUUUUAUCACUUUCACCAUUUAGUUUAUAUACUAGUAGUAUCACAGUUUUAGACUGGAAGGAAAUUAGUUCUCUUUAUUUUAUAGAAGAGAAAACUAAGGCCCUGAAGCUUACUUGCCUGAGGUCCCUUGGCAGUCAGUGCAAGAGCCAGGACUCAACUAAAAUUCCAGUGCUCUUGAGACUACACUGUAGGAUAAGGGAGACUUUUGGUCUUGUUUCAAGUUACUCUACAAAUUAUCUGUUUAUUUUGGAGAUGUACAGAGUCAGUUCUUCCUGUCUUCCCUUUCCUUCUAAAUCAGUAAUCAAUCCAAUGCAAAAUUGUGAAGUCAAUAGAAUUAGUUAUCUUCUUUUUUAUUCUCUCCUACAAUGGUACAUCCUUUCUUUACCAACUCUGAGACCUGUAGGUCUCUUGCUCUCUCCUCAAAUAAAAUUUAAAAAUAUAUAUUUUCCUUAUCCUCUUGAAAAUCUGUUCUCAGGAAAUACUUUGUCAAGUCACUUAUAUUACACUAUGAUUUUAUAGUCAAUGUGUUAACCUCUCAGUUAUGCUUUUGUAUUUAGGCAUGUAUCUUAAUUUUAAAGUGAAAGACAAUAUAGCAGGGUAAAAAAGAAAACUCUUUGGUUUUCUGAGUUAAAAAGGAACUUGCUUUGAAGUCAUAUCCUUAUUACCUGAAUAAUGCCAGGGAAGUCACAAAUACAUAAAAUGUUAAAUAGAUGAGAACCAACAAGAUCUAGUCCAAUUCUGUUAUUUCAAAGCUAGGAUGCAAACCUAGUCAGUUUUAUCAAUGAAAUUCAUCUAUAUCCUACGAUACUACUAGAAAUCAUUGAAUCACAGUGAAAAAGACUUCAGAAGCCAGCUGGUUCAACUCAUUUGAGGAAAAUGAAAUUAAACAGCUCCCUUGGAGUCUCAUAAAAAUAUACAGGUAGAAUUUGAAUCCCUGUUCUCUGACUCACUUUUGAACACUAGUGCUUCUUUCACUGUGCUUUGUCAAUCUCACAGGUUUUAAUGCCCUCCCAUCUCAAUUGUCCCAAUACUGUUCUUAUAUCAAUCUCUUAAGCUCUUUUUAAAAAAAAAUUAUAGCUUUUUAUUUUCAAAAUAUAUACAUGGAUAAUUUUUGACAUUCACCCCUACAAAAUAUUGUGUUCUAAUUUUUUCCUUCCCUUCCCCUCCUCCAGUCACCAAGUAAUCCAAUAUAUGUUAAACAUGUGCAAUUCUUCUAUACAUAUUUCCACAAAUAAGCUGCACAAGAAAAAUCAGAUCCAAAAGGAAAAAAAAAGAAAAAAUGCAAACAAUAAAAUGAAUGAAAAUACUA